CAAGCUAGGACUCACUCACUCCUACUGAACGGCUUGCUGUGAGGGCAGGUGUCUUACGGAUUGAGCUAAAUCGCGUUGUCCUGUUGCUUGGACGUCAUGGCCGGGGUCUUGGCUCGAAAAGCAGUUGACUAUGUGAAGAGCAAGGAGUUUCGUGACUACCUCAUGAGUACGCACUUCUGGGGACCUGUGGCUAACUGGGGACUCCCAAUUGCAGCUAUCAAUGAUAUGAAGAAAUCGCCAGAAAUCAUUAGUGGCCGUAUGACAUUUGCUCUCACCUGCUAUUCAUUGCUGUUCAUGAGAUUUGCUUAUAAGGUGCAGCCCAGAAACUGGCUUCUGUUUGCAUGUCACUUUACCAAUGAAGGAGCUCAACUCAUUCAAGGAGCACGGCUUAUCAAAUACAAGAUGUCUCAAACUGCAACCGAAGAAAUAAAAUAAAGAUUUCUCCAUCAAAUACAUGCCUCCAGUAAAACAGGAUCUUGCCAACACAAUCAAUUUGCACCCUGCAAUUUUUUCAUACAUAACGUCUACUACUACAUUCUAUGGUAUUGGAAUAUUGCAUUUUUUUUCUUUUAAUAAGGGCUGUCAUUACUUAUUUUGAAGGUGCUUUUUUGGGCUGUUAUCCUAUAUUUUCUGCACUACUUUGUAAGUCACUGUACUGGAACAAGCACAUUGUCUAUUCUGAGAUGCAUACUUUUAUUCCAAUUAGUGACUUGUGAAGUUGAAGUUGAAAAGUACAUGGAUAACCAACCCCAGAUCAUACACCUUCCAAAGCAAGUUCACAUUGUCAGCUCUCAUGUUUGUCAUGACUGGUUCCUUUUUUUAAAUGUUAAUUUUAAGUAUAAUAUUGUUCUUUUACCCUGUGCCUUUCUCUGGUCUACUUGAACAUCAGGCAUGAUGAACUGGACAAGGUGUGUUGGGAAAAAUGUCAACAUAAUAAAGUUCAUAUUUUAUGUGAAUUUUUAGAUGCAUUAAAAAAAAAAAAAAUUUAAUUUUCUUUUGUGGUUACUAUAUAUGUUAUAUGGCUUAUCUUUUAUUAUGUACUAUAUCCAUUUUUUAAUAUGCCAUUAUUUCGCCUUCUUUGGUUCCUCUUUUCCCACCCUCAUCAACAUGAUGAUAAAAGUAGAAAUAAAUAACGAAACCUAAAAUAAAA